CCCCACCACAAUCUCCUCACCUCUCUGUCUGUCUCUCUCUCUGUCUGUCUGUCUCUCUCUCUCUCUCUCUCUCUCGAUUUUGUUGCCAAUAAGACUUUGUUGUAGCGUCCGACGUCAUUAAUGUGGUCUGGACAGCGGCGCGCGAGGCUCUGCUCCGCGGUGGUUAAUUGCGUUCACCACCCGCUGGCAACUUGUUAAUUUAGCCCAUUGAGUGUUGUUAGUAUUCCAACACAGUGAGCCGUCUCCUCGCGGUCGGGACGGCUGGGUCGAGUCUCCCGCUUUUAUGAAUGACUAGCGAGGCGGGGGAAUGCCAGUUAGCGCGACCGGGCUCCACUGGGACCAGCCGCCGAUGAGCGAUUCACGGCGGAGCGGAGCCGUGGCUCACUGCGGAAAAAGACGAGCCUGACUGCCGCAGACUGGCGUGCGAACGCACCGUGAGGAGGACACGCUCGCGUAGGGCAGCAACGGCACCGUGACCGCAAUGUCCAUUCACAUUGUGGCUCUGGGGAGCGAGUGCCCCGGUGGAGUCGGCCAAGGGGAAGAAAUCAUGGGCCAGGGCCAGCUGCAGGGAGGCCUGCUGUGGAGCUACCUGGGCCAUGGUGCGCUGGUGGGCCCCAGUGACUUGGAGAGCAGCUUGCAUAACCCAGCCUUCAUGGAGUACACUUCACGUGUCUUUGGAGACGUUACCAUUGUGGUCCAGGAUUGUCCCAGCUGGGACUUGCUGGACAGUGACUGGGCCAGCGUACGUAAAGUUCUUGAGCAGGCGGACAUUCUGGUCAUCAAGUAUUCAGUGACUGACAAACUGGCCUUCCAGCAGGUCAGGAAUGGAUAUGCCCCAAGACUCCGCCCACUUCUUAGGCACUGGGGAGUGCCUGUUAUCUUGGUGGCAGUUGGAGCUAGGCUGAACGACGAGGGUCCUCCCUGUACUUGUCCGCUGUGUGCAUCUGACUGGAGCAGCUGCGUGCCUCACAGUGAAGGUCUGCAGCUGUCCCGGGACCUGGGGGCCACCUACCUGGAGUUACCCUCGCUUAACCAUGUGUUCGUCGGUCGCUACUUUGGCAGCGUGCUGGAGUACUUCAUGAUCCAGUGUCUGAAACACAAAGCCAAAGAGAAGCCAGAAAAGAGGCGAGGAAAUAAAGUCCACGAGCUUCGCCCGCCUCACUUGGAACAACCAGCUCGCCUUCCUCCAAUUCGAGUGGAGGAGUCAAGCUUCUCCCAAGACAUGCAGUGGUUGUUGGAGCGUGGCGUGCAGUUUGCCGACGUGGCCUUCUAUGCAGGAGACUCCGGGAAAGAACUGGGAUGGGCUCACGCAUCCGCACUCUGCGCUGUCAGCCCGUAUUUCCGACAGCUACUCCUGGGGCCUAAGACCAGGGAACGGCCGCAGUCACGGUGUGUCUGCAGGGAGAGGGAUGGAGCCCCCCACUCGUUACUCUCCACCUGGGACGGCGGAAUAAUUGAUGACAUGCCUCGAUCUGAGGGACAUCUGGCUGGUCGCCUCUCUCGUCUGGUCGUGAAGGAUCCCCUCUUGUGCAUGUGCUUAUGGGAAACGCUCAUGUUCAUUUACCGAGGUGCGUGGGAGUGGGAGCACCUCCAGGAGGCCUUGGAAGAGAAGCUGAAGAACUCGCUUGCAGUGGCUCAGCUUAUGGAGCGCAUACGAUCACUUAUUGGCAGAGAAAGGGGCACCAGAGACACCCCGAGUGUACGCGCUUCCCAGCUUGGCCCCCAGACUCUCGUCAACCUCUUCAAUUCCCCUCUUUAUUCGGAUGUCAUCUUCAUGGUGCAGGGGAGUGUAUUGCCAGCCCACCGAGCAGUGCUGGUAGCACGCUGUGACGUCAUGGCGGCCAUGUUUAGCGGGAAGUACGCAGAGGCCCGGAGUCGAGUGGUGCCAAUCCAUGGCGUCUCUUCAGAUACCUUUCUGUCAUUCCUGGAGUACCUCUACACUGACUCUUGUUGUCCUGCCAGCGUGUUGCAGGCCAUGGCCGUGCUGGUGUGUGCAGAGAUGUACCAGGUGAAACGGCUGCAGCAUCUGUGCGAAGUGUGUGUGUGCGCUUACCUACAGAGUAUGCCCAGUAGAGAGCUGGCGUCAACUGGCAUCAGCGUGAUUCGACUCCUCCGACAGGCAAAGUGUCACAAUGCAGAGCAGCUGUACGUGUGGCUCCUCCACUUCAUCGCCAACAACUACCUGAUCUUCAGUCACAAACCUGACUUCCUGGAGCUCACAGAAGAGGAGCGUGAGCAGGUGGAGAGGCUGCGCUGGCCGUCCAGAGGUUAUCUGCAGGAGCUCAGCGAGUACCAGCAGCGACGACGCAAACUACGCAAAUCUCGCUGCGUGGUCAUGUGACGUCACCUGGAUGCAGAGAAAGACCAAUCAACACGAAGAAAGAAAACGAACACAUUCGAGUCACUUUACCAGAAGGAAGGAAUCAGGAAGCAGUGACAUUAACUGGUAGGGUUACAGAGGUUUGGGAAAUUUCCAUGGGAAAUGAAGAUGGGGAAUUUUGGAAAUAUUGCAUACUGGAAACAUUCCAUGGGAAAUGAAUGACGAAAUAAUGAAUUACUGAGAAUUGACUUGAAAUGGAGGUAAUUUCAUGGAAAGGGAACAUUUUCUUUUGUCAGAAGCAGACAUCCGUGCAACAUGGAUUGCUCUCCUUGCCCACAUGUGAAAGCAUUAGACUACCCCAAUCAAAUUUUGGCUUGUGACACGAAGCCAGAAAUAAAUAAUUAAAAAUAAAUAAAAAAACACGAUGAAAAAAAAAACAUUAAUUGGGGGACUUGAAAUGCAAGGUACCACUGUACAGUGGAUCCCCGUAUACUCACAGUUCACCACCUGCAAAUUCACAGAGUCGUGGAUUUUUUUUACCCCAUUUUUUUUUCUCUUUUUGGGGGUGGGGAGAAGCAACACUGAAAACGCUUAUUGGCAGUAUAUCCCUGCUAAUUCAAAAAUUUUGGGGCUUAAAUAAAAUAAAUUAAUAGAAUUUUUCAAUGCAACUAUAAUGGCCGUCAAUUAUUCACGGAUUUUCACUAUUUGCGCUUGGGCCCGGUCCGUAUCGCCCACGAAUAGCGGGAUCCCCACUGUACUCACAUCGAAUCUGGUUGUUUUACGUGACUCCACAUCUUUUGCAUAAAGACUAUUCCAUUCAGGGCGAUACAAACAGUUCCUUAAACACCAGUACGAAUAUAAAACAAAUGCACUGUGGAAGAUUCUUUUUCAGGUCGGUGGAUACCUUGUUGUGACUCUAAAAAAAAACAGUGACAUUAAAUGGCUCCAUGUUGUGGACAACCAACCAUCCAAAUGCUGGACAUUCCAUCAGGAUCAUGCGCUUGCCCUUUCAAACAGUUGCGGGUAAUGACUUGACUGGACGCUGAACAAGCAGGAGGAAGCUUGUGGUUUCUUUUUCUACUUGACACCUCCCGUGUCAGGAUGUGUAGCUCCCAAGUAGUGGACACAAUUAAAACAUUUGCAUAUCAUGCCUCUAUCGGAGAUAGCGCAUCAACCUGUCAAGUGGCUCCAUUUGAAUUUCAUUCAGCAGAGCUGUGGCCAACAGUAACAACAUGGAAAAAUUGUGGAAGGCGAGGUGGUAAAGCUGCCAGUCAGACAGCCGUCACUCUCAUAACCUAACAGCAGGCACAACCAAUUUUAUUCCAUAUUGUGAUAAUUUAUUGUGCUCAUAUUCAUUGGAUUAUUUCCGAUCUAAACUAGGGUCAGAUUGGAUUAUUACAUGACAUUGCAUUCAUUCAGUUUGUAGUUUGUGUCAGUUGUGGACAUUUCAAAUUGGCUGAGAAUGAAACAAUCAAUGUAUUAAACACGGACGGCACGGUGGUCGACUGGUUAGCACAUCUGCCUCACAGUUCUGACGACCCGGGUUGAAAUGGAGUUUGCAUGUUCUCCCCGUACCUGCGUGGGUUUUCUCCGGGGACUCCAGUUUCCUUCCACAUCCCAAAAACAUGCACGGUAGAUUUAUUGAUGACUAAAUUACCUGUAGGUAUAAAUGGUUGUUUGUCUAUGUGUGCCCUGCGAUUGGCUGGUGGCCAGUUCAGAGUGUACCCCACCACUCACCCAGAGUCAGCUGGGAUAGGCUCCAGCACGCCCGCGACCCUCGUGGUAUGGAAAAUGGAUGGCUAGAUGGAUGUACUAAACACUUGAGUGCUGCAUACACCAAAUUCAAGACAGUAAUAGGCAAUAACUUUUGUCACACUUGCAUAAUCAGGAAUAUUAAAAUUUAGGGGAAGUGUCCACAUUCAUUCAUCCAUCCAUCCAUCCAUCCAUUUUCUUAGCCGCUUCUCCUCACAAGGGUCGCGGGAGUGCUGGAGCCUAUCCCAGCCAUCUUCGGGCAGGAGACGGGGUACACCCUGAACUGGUUGCCAGCCAAUCGCAGGGCACAUAUAAACAAACAACCAUUCGCAAUCACAUUCACACCUACGGGCAAUUUAGAGUCUCCAAUUCAUGCAUGUUUUUGGGAUGUGGGAGGAAACCGGAGUGCCCGGAGAAAACCCACGCAGGCACGGGGAGAGCAUGCAAACUCCACACAGGCGGGGCCGGGGAUUGAACCCCGGUCCUCAGAACUGUGAGGCAGACGCUCUAACCAGUCAUUCACUGUGCCACCCACAUUCAUUCAUAUGUUGAUAUAUUAAAAACCACAAUGCCUCUG